UGAAGCUCAUGUGACUGGAGCUCGAGACGUGUCUGCAGUCACAGGGUUUAUUUAACACGUACUUCAAAUCCACCCACAUACACUCAUUUAACCAGCAGCGGAGUCGACAAACGCCUCCCAUGACCUUCAUUCGACAACAACAUCAUUUCUAGCGUCCUAGUUUCGAGUUCAGACACUGGACUCUUUACUACGAAAACUAGAUUUCGGCACAAUCGACCCUUUAUGCGAAGGAAAUACAUGUGGAAUUUGAUGAGAAAUUGAAGGAUCGUGUUGUUAUUUAUAUAUAUAUAUAUAUACAUAUAUAUAUAUAUAUAUAUAUAUAUAUAUAUUGAAAAUACCCUGUUCUUACAUUUGUAAGACAUAUUCAUAGUGGGAAAUGGAGAGGAUUACCAGUGCCCAGCCUCCACCAUGUAUGGCCAAACACGCCUCGCUGGAUAUCGCUGACAUGCAAGGAAUGGAUUUCCCUAUGUAUGUGUACAAACCCCGGAGGGGAAUGAAGCGGAGUGAGGACAGUAAGGAUACGUACAAAUUGCCUCAUCGAUUGAUCGAGAAGAAAAGGAGAGACAGAAUAAACGAGUGCAUCGCGCAGUUGAAGGAUUUGCUGCCCGAACACCUCAAACUCACUACUCUGGGACACUUGGAAAAGGCUGUCGUGUUGGAGCUCACGUUGAAGCAUGUGAAAGCACUUAACAACCUGUUGGAGCAGCAGCAACAGAAAAUCAUUUCCUUGCAAAAUGGAAUGCAAAUCGGUGAGCAGGGCCAUGGGCACUCUGAGAACAGUGAGGAAAUGUUCCGUUCCGGGUUCCAUUUGUGUGCCAAGGAGGUUCUUCAGUUCCUCACCAACCAGGAGAACAUGCAAGACUUUUCACCUGCACACAUAAUCAACCACCUUCAGAAAGUGGCGUCUGAUCUCAUCCAGAGCCCGCCGAGUCCUCGCCUCGAGGAGCCCACUUCCAAAGUUCAAGAGACCUGGGAAAAACCAGCAGGUCCGCUGCCGAAAGCCGCUGAGGGCCACGCAAAGAAUUGCGUGCCCGUCAUUCAAAGGACUUAUCCCCACAGCAGCGAGCAGAGCGGCAGCGAUACAGACACCGACAGCGGCUAUGGGGGUGAGCUCGAAAAGCGUGACCCGAAAGCCCAGCGGGCAAUCUAUUACGGCAAAGACAGCGGAGAUCUCAAGUAUGGCGGCAGCAUUAAAGAGGAGCUUGACGAGCCGCAGGCCAAGCGGCAAAGGUCCGACUCCUCUGAAGACGAGUCUCUUUCAGGGCAUGAGGUGGUGGGUGGCCACAGCCCCUACGUGAGCUUUUCUCCACAUCAGCCACCUCUUUGCAUGCCCUUCUACCUCUUUCCAUCCGGCGCAGCCGCUGCAUACCUGCCAAUGCUGGAGAAGUGUUGGUACCCGGGGGCCAUGCCCGUAUUGUACCCAGGCAUUGGCGGCUCCCCUGAGAAACUCUCCUCAUCCAUGGUCAUGUCUUCAAGAGUGGGCUCUCCUGUCACCCCUCCCACCUCAAUGGAUUCUCCUGCUCUCCUGCAGGCCCUGAAACAAGUUCCCCCUUUAAACCUGGAAACCAAAGACUGAAGAUUCAGUCCGGCUCCAAGAAUUGCCCGCUCUCUGAAUGUUUAGGUCUUGAGAGUGGACUUCUCUGCUGAAUAAGCUCCCUGAGAGGGUUAGGUUGAAGAGCGUGGAAACGCAAAGUUCAAAGAUAUACCCUCUACGACAGCCAGCAGCUGUUCUGAUCCUCUCAGAAGUACGACGGCCUCCCUUUGACCGCCGAGACACAACACACACACACUCUCUCUUAUCAGCCCAGUGGCUAGUUUCCUCCACAACCAGCAUACACGCAUCCAGAGACUGAACAUCAACGCAGACAGGUAUAGGAGGCCCAGUGUAAAACACUGUGAGACACUGUGAAGAACGUCAAAAUGAGGACAAUGAGCUUGUAAAGACCUGGGGUAGGCGAACGGCUACUCUCUGCACUUGUAUUGAAUGUUGAAUUUCAAAACAACACAAAACCAAUAACCUAGAAUGUGAUGUGCAGCAGUCCCCCAUUGAUAAGGACUUUUCCCUUUGCACAAGCACCUUUUCAGUUGUUGAAUGUAAAAGAAAUACAUUUUUUAAUAAAACGUCUCCCCUGUAGAUGCUGCUUUGGACAUUUUCUCUGUGCCGUGGAAGCUUGAACAGAAAGCUCCACUCUCUUUUGCUUCUGUUACUGCUUUAACCGAUAAGAACCGUCCUUUUAGACUAGAAUGCUACCAAAUAAUUGUCUUUGCUUUGGUUGACGCACAAAUCUGAAAUGUGCACCAUUCUCAUCUUGCUCUCACCCAUCACACCACAAACGGAGUCGCUCAAGUUUUUUUUACAUAAGAA